AUGGGCAUAUGUCAGAUAAAAUUUCUAAAUGUUCUACUGUGGUUUGGGUUUUUGUUUUAUGGUAUUUUCUUUUGGUGAUGUCUAGUUUAUUUUUCUUUUGUUGCUUAUCUUUCUGGGGGCAUAGCAAAAACUCUGUUAAUUCAGUCUUGACAACUCAGACACAUGGUGGUUAUAUACAGUUUUUCAUUUAGCUAUGAUUUUGAAUUCCUUUUUCUAUCUAGUGUGAAAUACUGGCCGGAGUUAUUCUUUUGCGUGUGGACAGGCAGUUGCCUUCCAUUAUUGCCGAACACUUUUCUGUCCUUGAAUGACCUUGGCAUCCUUAGACCAGGUGACUAUAAAUGGAAAGGCUUAUUUCUGGGUUUUCAGUUUUAUUCCCCAAACAAUCGGAAUUGCUGACUUGUGUUUCAGGCAGGAUCCUAUGCAUGAGCUCAUUUACUUCUCUAUUACGCAUUGAUAUUAACAUUAUUCUUAGUCCCGCCUUGCAGAGGAAGUAGUUUAGAUCAUGGAUGGUAUGUCUGGACACAAACUUGCGCUGAUACUGACAGCCUGAGCUCUCAGCCGUGGCAUGAAUAAUCUUAGCAACCAGAACUGUAGAAAUGUACUGAAAAAAUCCAUUAUAACAAAAACUACCGUGACUCGGAUUGCCCUACUGGGCUGGAGAAACACCUCCGAUAGAGGCUUAUGCGUGCUUGCUGUCUCUGCGUGGUGAGGUCUGAAACCUCACCUCAAGGCCGAGGACAGGUUAUACCGCGAGUCUAGGUGGGUACCCUGGAGCCUGCUGGUCAAAGCCCACGCAGGCGCUGUUCUAGGUGAAGACAGAAAGGACCUUGCCUUCUGGCGGGAGGCUGCCCGAGACCCGAGAACUCUCGCGCGAAGAUAUGUUGUUACCACGGUAACCGCAUCGGUUUAGAAAGAUGGCGGGGCGAAGUGUGGGAGUGCCGAGAUGCGGUGCUGCAGGUACUCAGUCGCGCGGGCAACUUGCAGCUGGACAGGACCUCCUCGCCCGGGAGCAAGAGUACAAGCGUUUAAAUGCAGAAUUGGAGGCAAAAACUGCUGAUCUGGUUAGACAAGCUGAUGAAGCAAUAAGAGAUCAGCAAGAAGUACGAGCUAGGCUUUUUUCAACAAAAAUUACCUCAUGCAAAGAGGAAGAUGGUUCCAGUACAAGAGAUCUGUUGUCAUCUGAAGGGAUGGCUCAUCCAUGGUCAGAAACCAAGCCAAAGACCAAAAACACUGGUCCUGUAAACAAGGUUCAAAACAGACUCCACUCUGCAGAAAAAGAAAGAAAAACAAAUUCAAGUGUUAAGCUGAAAUACCCCAGUGUGCAGACUGCCAAUGAUGUGGCCAUCCCAGACGAUUUCUCAGACUUCUCCCUUGCCAAGACAAUUAGCAGAAUUGAAGGGCAACUGGAAGAGGACAGCUCGCCAGGGCACACCGAUGAUGACAUUCUUUGUGGGGUCAGUAAGGACAUUGGGACAGAGGCUCAGAUCAGAUUUCUAAAGGCCAAACUCCAUGUGAUGCAGGAGGAACUGGACAGCGUUGUGUGUGAAUGCAAUAAGAAGGAGGAUGAAAUUCAGGAUUUAAAGUCCAAGGUGAAAAACUUUGAAGAAGACUGUGUGAGACAGCAGCGAACAAUUACUUCACAGCAGUCUCAAAUAGAAAAGUAUAAGAAUCUUUUUGAAGAAGCAAACAACAGAUGUGACGGACUUCAGCAGCAGCUCUCAUCGAUAGAGAGGGAAUUAGAAAAUAAAAGAAGAUUACAAAAGCAGGCUGCUACAAGUCAAAGUGCCACAGAAGUUCGCCUGAAUCGAGCUCUUGAAGAAGCGGAGAAGUAUAAAGUGGAACUGAGCAAACUAAGGCAAAGUAACAAGGAUAUUGCAAAUGAGGACCACCAAAAAAUUGAAGUGUUAAAAUCAGAAAACAAGAAGUUAGAAAGACAAAAAGGAGAAUUAUUGAUAGGGUUCAAGAAACAAUUGAAAUUAAUUGAUAUUUUGAAAAGGCAGAAGAUGCACAUUGAAGCUGCCAAGAUGCUGUCUUUCAGUGAGGAAGAGUUUAUGAAGGCUCUCGAGUGGGGUAGUUCAUGAGUGAGCGACUUCAACGUGAUGCUUGUUUGUGAUCAUUUAUCCAACAUCGAAUUGUAAUGCUUCUUUGCUGUUCAUAAGCGAUGAAAUGUGUGUGAAAUAAACAGUGCAGGGAUCAGCCUGCUGAAAUAAA